AUGCGACCUCGGCGCUAUCCGAAAUCGCUGAGUCCAAUGUCAGAACGCGCAAGGUCGCCUCUCACGCUGCCCGCCUCCGCGGUGCGGGCGGAUCUCCGAUGGGCGCGAUUAGCGACGUUCGCCUUCGCUCGAUCGCCUACGAACUGGUUUGAAGACCUCUACCGCCGUAGUGUGACUCACGCUCACCUAAACGACCUUACCGGUGAACGAUUUGUACGGUGUGUUAAAUUCAAGCAGGCAUUGCCGUGUGCCGCUCCGAAAGGGCGGCCGCGACAAACCUGUGGUGCGUGUACCGUUGCCUCCGUGGACGCCGUUUUGAAGGUCUCCGCUGUCGCUAGACGAAACCGCGCGGGGCAGCAUGGCGCCCGGCUCUGCGGUGGGCCACCCCAGUCACAGCAACUCCCAUCGGUCGCUCCCUUGGCGGGCGCAAUGGUACCGCGGCCGAUCCCGCACUAUGCACACCCGACCGCGUUCGGCCGUAGGGUCAGCCGGCCGUGUCGAAGCACGCACUCGCCAGCAAUUGUUACCGCUCCCCGCUGCGACACAGUCACUACACACGGGCGUGAAUACGAAACUUUCAAUGUUUCCAAAACAACGGUACGCUUUGACAGCUCUAAUCCAACGCGUGACGUGACGUCUGCACUCCUCGACUACCUUCAACGUACUGACCGGAGGCAGCUGUGCGCGACGGACAAAAAAGAGAUAGAACUAUACCACGGCGUAUUGGUUCUUCAAACUUUGUGGAAAUUCGAGACCCGCAGCCGGGGUGGAGUUAAUGGGUGCGAGAAGGACAGCAGAGGCGAGUACGAGAGCUGGCGAAAUUGUCCGACCGUAGACCGAACGCCAAGGCCGACUCGCGUCACGUUUAGUGGGGAC